CCAGCAGUGUCCGUGUGCCGUUCCUCCCGCGCUGCAGGGGGCGCUGCUGUGUGUUUGACGGCGGAAGCGCUCUGCUGCUGCUGCUGCUGCUGCUGUUGUUGUUUGUUUCUUAGGCUCAUUGCGGAUGCGAGUCAUGGAGUAAAGUUCUCCUGAUUAAAGCCAUCAGAGAUCGUUAAAUUCACCGCGGACACACGGACACACCAUGUUUAAGGGCUGGAGCUCAUGGAUGGGCGCUGAGUCCGAGGAUGAAGAGAAAACGGACAAACGGGAGAAAAACAUCAACACGGAGCCUGAAGAAACCCAGCAGGCCGCAGGACUCAGCGGCUUCAUUCUGAACUUUGCAAGUAGCGCCAGUAAGAAGAUCUCGGAGUCUGUGGCGGAGACGGCUCAAACUAUCAAGAAAACGGUGGAGGAGAGCAACAUCGACGGCAUCAUCGACAAGACCAUUUUGGGAGAUUUUCAGAAGGAGCAAGAAAAAUUUGUCCAGGAGAAAAAUGCAAGGAAAACGGAUGCCGCGGUGCCGCCCUGGGUCGGAUACAACGAGGAGGAAACCAUUCAGCAGCAGAUACUCGCUUUAUCCGCUGACAAGAGGAACUUCCUGCGCGACCCUCCGGCCGGAGUGCAGUUCCAGUUCGACUUUGAGCAGAUGUACGCCGUGGCUCUGGUGAUGCUGCAGGAAGACGAGCUGCUCAACAGGAUGCGCUUUGACCUCGUCCCCAAACAGUUUUUCCUGCUCACAGAGACCAUCAGACCGAAAACACCGCCUGUGGCCAUCAGCGCUAAAGCCAAGAGCAACGAGCAGGAGGAGGAGGACAUCUCCACCAGCCCUGGCGUGUCUGAGUUCGUGAGCGACGCGUUCGACGCCUGCGAUAUAAACCAGGAGGAUCUGAGGAAAGAGAUGGAGCAGCUGGUGCUGGAUAAGAAAGAUGAAGAGACGGCCGACUGGGAGAAGGAGCUGCAGCAGGAGCUUCAGGAGUACGAGGUGGUCGUCGACCCAGAAAAUCGCGACGAUAACUGGGACCGUGAGAUUGAGGAGAUGCUGCAGGACGACAGCUAAAGCGUGACAGCGCCUCCUCUGGUGUGGAGGACACACUCCUGUGCUCAAAUGAAGAAAUCAGCAGGACGUUUCUACUAUUUCCUUAAUCUGGACUGAAAUAUCAGGAUUUCCUAUAAGAAUGUUUAAUAAAUGUAUUGUUAG